CAAUAAAAUUUAAUAUAAUUUAUAGUAUGAAUUUAAGGGAAAAAGGUACAAACUUGUAUGUGUAACUUAUAUAUCUAGGGUUGACAUAUAUGACUACAUAAAAAUUAUCGACAUGGCUGAAGAAAAUCCAGGUGAAAUCACCACUGAGAAAGUGGAAUUCAAAAAGCCUGUAUUUAUUGGCCGCGUAGGAAAGUUACCCAAAAAAGUUAAGACAGAAAAGGAAAUAUCUGAGGUAGACAACAAACAGCAGACGCCGGAAGAACAUAGUAGCGAAACAGCACAGCAUGCUGCAAAAGAAUUGUUGACACCAUGUAGUUACAAGGAACCAAAAUGGUCAGGGGUUUGCCCAGAUGGUUCAGACUACGGUUUGGAAGUGUUAAAAUCGGGGAUUAUUAUGGAAAGAAUAGAUUUAACAAAGAAACCAUAUUAUGUGUUUGGGAGGCAACCAAAUUCUGAUGUUGUGAUGGCACAUCCAACAAUAUCCAGGCACCAUGCAGUCCUUCAGUACAAGGCAUUCUCCGAAGAAGGUGAGGUUCCUUCAGGCUGGUACAUAUUCGACCUGGGCAGCACACAUGGUACCUUCCUCAACAGAGACAGGAUAAAAGAACGUCAGUAUACAAGAGUUAGGGUCGGGCAUCAAAUCAAAUUUGGCACCAGCACAAGAACAUACAUUGUUUUGGGACCAGACUUUGACUGUGAGGGUGAAUCUGAGUUGACGGUAACAGAGAUUAAGAAGAGAGCUAGUGAAAUGAAAUUAGAAAGAGACCGAUUGAUAAAAGAAGCUAUUGAACAAAGGGAAAAGGCAAAGUUAGAGGAAGAGAGAAAAAGAGAGGAACAGGGCAUAGAUUGGGGAAUGGGUGAAGACGCAGAGGAAGAACCAGACCUAGCCGAAAACCCCUAUGCCUCAACUGGUAAUGAAGAGCUAUACCUGGACGAUCCCAAAAAAACCCUCCGAGGUUACUUUGAACGAGAGGGCCAUGAAUUGGUAUACAACUGUGAGGAGAGAGGCAUAGGCCAAUUUAUUUGCAAAGUAGAACUACCUAUAGAUGAUGCCAGAGGGAAUCCAGUAAUAGCAGAAGUAAUACAUAAGGGCAAAAAGAAGGAGGCAGUUAUUGCUUGUGCAUUGGAGGCUUGUCGUAUUUUGGACAGAGCUGGCCUACUGAGACAAGCGAAGCAUGAAUCACGCAAAAGAAAGGAGCGAGACUGGAGUGCAGAUGACUACUAUGACUCAGAUGAAGACACAUUCCUUGAUAGGACUGGAGCUGUGGAGAAGAAGAGGCGGGCUCGUAUGGAGAAACAUGGUGUCGUGGUGCAGGAGAGCAGCAAACCACUCACCUACGAUGACCUGCUGAAUAAGAUGGCAGAGAUUGAGAAGACUAUAACAAUAGAAGAGAAGGCCCUAGAGCGACUACGCGCGUCAAACAAGAGCACAGCAAAAACAGAGGAGCAAGUUGAUGCAUUAGACGAGUUUAUGAAUUCACUGGCUUCACAAAAACAGAGCAUGUCACAAAAGGCGGAAAUAUCUAAAACAAAGAUGAAUAUACAGAAGUUAAAAGCUGAACUAGCAAAAACUACAAGGCUGGCGGAGCUAGCCAGACCUGCAGAUGCUCCCCCAUUGGUGAAAAAACAACCUAACUCUGUUGCGAUUAAGCAAGCUAACUCUGUUGUAUAUGGGAAAAGGAUAAAAUUAAAAGAAGACACAGAAAAAAGGCCUAAAGUAAAACAAGUAAAGCAAGAAGAGAAAGAGUUUGUUGAAGAAAUUGAUUCAGAUGAGGAAACAGAACAGAAAGAAGUUAAAACUGAAGAAAUAUCUAAAGAUACAACAGAAUCAAACAAUAUGGUUUCAAAUAUAAAAAAGGUAGAUGCUAAAAAUAAUGUAAAAGAAGAUCAGAAAGAUAGCAAAACUGAAGAACCUAAGGAAAAGAGAAUAUAUGGACCGAUGAGACCUCCUGAGAACUAUGUUAUACCAGAAAAUUACUUUGAUCAAGAAACUGAUAGGGAUUUACCAGAAAUAGAAGAAAAAGAUAACAUCUAAGUAGUGGUUUUAGUAAAAUCUGAAAUCAG